AUGGGUUUGUUAACAUUAAAAGGAGCAGCUUUAUUUCGAGCAUCUACAUUAUUAGCUGCUGUUGGUUUCUUACUGUUCGGUUAUGAUCAGGGUGUCAUGUCCGGUGUUGUAGCAAAUGAAUUAUUUGUAAAUACAAUGGGUAAUCCUAAUUCAGGUCUAAUGGGUGCAAUUGUUGCCCUUUAUGAAAUUGGUUGUAUGGCAGGUGCUUUAUCAACAGGUCGUGUGGGUGAUUGGUUAGGUCGUCGUAAAACAAUUCGUGUUGGUUGCGUUAUUCUUUGCAUAGGUGCAAUCCUUCAAACAGCAGCAGUAAAUUCUGGUAUGAUGAUCGUGGCUCGUAUCAUUACAGGUAUUGGUAAUGGUAUGAAUACGGCAACAAUUCCUGUCUAUCAGGCUGAACUCUCUCCUCCUAAAUCUCGUGGUGCGCAUGUUGCGUUUGAAGCCUCUUUAUUAACUGUGGGUGUUGGUAUUGCCUACUGGCUUGAAUACGGUCUUUAUUUUGUAAAAGGUGACUUCGCUUGGCGUUUCCCUUUAGCCUUUCAAAUGGUAUUUGCUAUUGUCUUGGGUACUGCUUCAUUUAUUUUACCUGAAUCUCCUCGUUGGUUACAGGCUCAUGGUCAUGAAGAAGAAUGUAAAGUGAUCUUGGCUCGUCUUUGGUCUGAUUGUGAUACCAGUCAUCCUCGUUGUAUCGCUGAAUGGGAAGAGAUUCGUGAUGGUAUCGAAUUAGAACGUCGUGAGGGCGUCUCUAGUUAUAAAGAACUCUUUAAGAAGGGUAAGAUGAAUAACCGUUACAGAGUCUUUCUGGGCAUGGGUGGUCAAUUGAUUCAGCAAUUUGGUGGUAUUAAUGUGAUCAGUUACUAUUUGACGGAUGUCUUUAAACAAGCUGGUAUGACAACAGAACGUGCCAUGUUGAUGGCAGGUGUCGAUUCUAUUGUUUACUUUAUUGGUGCUGUCACUGCUGUCUUUACAGUCGAACGACUCGGUCGUCGUUGGUUGAUGUAUGCUGGUUUAAUUGGCCAAGCGAUUACUCUUUUGAUUGUAGGUGGUUGUCAAUAUCUGGUAGAAUCAAAUGGGAACCCACAGGCCUCGAGUGCUGUCAUUGCAUUUGUAAUGCUCUAUAACUUUGUCUUUGGUGCUGCAUGGUUAGGUCUUGCUUGGCUUUAUCCAUCUGAAAUUUUCUCAACAGGUCUUCGUGCGAAAGGCAAUUCAAUGUCCACAGCUGCCAACUGGCUUGGCAACUUUGUUGUGGCAGAAAUUGCUCCCGUUCUAUUUGAAUAUGCAAAAUAUUGGACCUUCUUAAUGUUUGGUAUCCUGAAUGUCAUCUUUUUAAUUCCAAUCUAUCUUUGGUAUCCUGAGACAAAGGGUAAAUCUUUAGAAGAGAUUGAAGUUUUAUUUGCUACAGAAGAAGUUCAAGAGGAUGCGAAAUCGAUUGCUUCCCAUAUUGGUUCCACUUCCAUGUAUGACGAGAAACAACAAGGUACUCCAUCUCAGCUUGAAUAUGGUUCACAUCAACGUCCAACUUCUCGUCGAUUCCCUAGUAACUUCUCUGGCCGUUUGAGUGGUAUUAUGCCUGUUCAUGAUAAACCUGCUACAAAUACAGCCGCAGCUGAAAUCAAACAUGAUUAUAUUAAAGAAGAUGAGAAAGGUCCUAAUUAUAUGUAA